AUGUCGUCAAACGGAUCAUUUGCUGGGUUUGUUUCUAGAAAUAAGACUGCGAUUAUGGCGACGGCAGUUGCCGGAGCAUCUGCAGUUGGAGCAUUCUAUUACUAUCAGCAGUUGCAGAAGCAAGCUGGUUCUGAGUCAGACGUCACGAAAGAAACACAAACCGAGACCAAGAGCUCUAAAAAGAAGAGUAAGAAGAAGAAGAAGUCUCAAGGUAGUGUGAGUCCCAGUUAUCCAGUCAACGAACAGGGAGAACCAGAUUUAGGUGAUAUUGCGAAACUUAGCGUGGAAACCAAGAAUAAAUAUGCGAUUGAGCUGAAGGACAAAGGUAACGAGUAUUUCAAGGCAAAGAAGUUUGAAGACGCGAUCAAUUACUACACGUUGGCGUUGAAAGUAAAAGAAGAUCCCGUUUUCUAUUCUAACAGAUCUGCAUGCUACGUUUCUUUGGGACAACUUGAGAAAGUCGUGGAGGACACGACGUCUGCGUUGAAAUUGAAACCAGACUAUUCCAAGUGUUUGUUGCGCAGAGCCUCUGCUAAUGAGUCCCUGGGCAACUUCGCAGAUGCCAUGUUUGAUCUGUCAGCGGUCAGUCUUUACGGUGACUUCAACGGUGCGUCGAUUGAGCCCAUGCUUGAAAGAAACAUGAACAAACAAGCCAUGCUUGUUUUAAAAGAAAAACUCGAAAAGAAACAAGAACAUGUUUUGCCUUCCAACACUUCGCUGGCCUCAUUUUUCGGUAUUUUCCAACCGGAGACUACGUUUGAAAACUUUGACGAAAAUAGCGACGCGGACAAAUCUUUGCAAGAGGCUUUGAAAAGCCUGUACAGCAGAACUGCUGAAGGUUACGAAGCUGCUGACAAGGAUUUCAUUGAAGCGCAAACUGCUUUUGAGAAGUUGUUGAAAGAAACCCCAGACGACGAAAUUUUAAAGAAGAAAACCGCCAUCGCAUUGGAACACGUUGGUAUUUUCAAGUUUUUGAAAAACGACCCACUUUCGGCCCACGAAGAUUUGAAACGCGCCAUUGAACUUUUCCCAAGACCAAACAGUUAUAUUUACAUUGCGCUAAUCAUGGCCGACAAGGGACAAGCAAACGAAUACUUUGACAACUUCAACAAAGCUCUUGAGCUGGACCCAAACUGCGCCGCCGUUUAUUAUCACCGUGGUCAAAUGUAUUUCGUAACUCAAAACUACCAGAAGGCCGGUGAAGACUUUGACAAGGCUAAAGAACUAAACGACAAGAAUAUUUUCCCUUACAUCCAAAUUGCAUGUCUCGCUUACCGCGAGGACAAGUUCGAGGACUGCGAAACCAUGUUCAGCGAGGCUAGAAGAAAAUUUCCAACCUCACCUGAAGUUCCAAAUUUCUAUGCCGAGACUUUGGCUGAUAAGGGCAAACUGAACGAGGCUAAGAAACAAUACGACAUCGCGGCCAAGCUUGAGGAUGCGCUUGAUGGUAUACACGUUGGUGUGGGUCCCUUAGUCGGCAAAGCUACUCUUCUCGCCAGGGAGCCUUCUCCAGAAAACUUCAUUGAAGCUGCACGUCUCUUUCAAGAAGCAUGUGACAAAGACCCUAGAUCUGAACAAGCCAAGAUUGGCCUUGCACAAUUGAAACUACAACAAGAAGACGUCGACGAAGCUAUUGAUUUGUUCGAAGAAGCUGCCGAUUUGGCCAGAAGUUUCGAUGAAAAGCUACAAGCCACUACUUUUGCAGAGGCCACCAAAAUCCAAAAGAAGAUAAGAGCCGAUCCUAUCAUCAGCGCCAAGAUCGAGGAGACUCUUGCCUCUUACAGGGCCCAGGGUAUGAUCUAA